GUGGACACUGGCGAGUGCGUGCGUGCGUGCGUGCGGGUGUGCAUGUGUGUGUGUGUGUGUAUGUUGGCAUCUUUGACACCCAAACGCACUGUGCGCGCACAACGUGCCGUGCCGUGAUUUGCCGUUCAUCGCCAAUGCAGCCUAGGGGAAGGCUUAACGGAUCGCAUACAGACAGACAGGCAGCGACAAACCCGGCUCAUUAAAAUCCCGUCUGCAGACCCUAAACCGGUCGCGCGCAGUAGCCCACUACCACAGCUCCUCGCGGUGCUGCAGACGGACCCCAAAGCGCGCGGUAAAAGUGCCGAGGAGAGGGAAACUGCUCGGUAAAAUGGGACCGAACCCGAGCAGUUAAUCGGUUCCGAGAUAAACGCGCACACAGCUGAGGGGGAGGCCAAACGUUGUGGAGGUUAAAGGCGACAUGGCGAAAACGGGCAUAAUCUGAAUUUUAGAGGAUCAGCUGUAAGGACAGGGUCAGCCCACGGAUCUGACUGGCACACCGAGGAACGGGAUCACAGUUUGCAUCAGUGUGUCAAAGGCAGAGCCAGCAGUAUGGCGCGCAGUGACAGUCUCACCUGGCAGGUGCUUCUGACCAUCUCCAUGGUCAUCAUCCCGCUGUCUGCUCACGGGAGGCAUUCUCUGUCAAGGCACCAUCAUCACCACAACCAAUCAUCUGUCAACAAGGAGGCCUUGAACGCCCGGAUGGUGCUCAGUGAUGACUCAGCAGAGAGGGACCACCUGAUCGGGCUCGGGGCUAAACUCCCACUCAGCUCCACCAAACAUCACCAUUCUCAUAAACAUGCCCACCUAGAUGUUGUUGAUGAAGACCCGCCUGUGGGGGAGGAGCUGACUGCCGGAGGCGCGGGGCCAGACCAGCCGGGAAACCCCAUGUCUGAUGAAGUCAUCACUGUGGAGUUUCACAGCCCUGCGCCUGACGUUGUGCCCGCUGACGGUGGUCUGGAUUGGGCCAAAGCCCCUCAACCCCAGAAGCAAAAAGGAGGGGACCCAACUGCCUGGACGCUUUCUGACUUUUACGACUACCUGUCCCCUGACAACGACCCCUCAGCCCUGGAUGCCACCCCAGAACCUGAGCCCACCCCUUCACCCCCGCCUGACAUGGAAGAUGAGAAUCCGCUCCUGGCUGGUUCUCCUGCUGUUCCUGACAACGUGAGGCCUGACGUGGAGCCCUCCAUACCAGCUCCCUCCAUGCCAGCGCCAGACACAGGUGAUGGGUUAGGGUUAGGGGGCGCCAUGGGGGCUGACGGCUGCAGGCUGGGCUAUGUGCGCUCUGGACCUGGAGUCUGUGUGUCUCAGUGUGACAUUGAUCCCAAUUUCUGCCUCAAUGGAGGAAUUUGCACCGUGGUGGCAGGAAUGGGAGCUUUCUGCAGGUGCAAUGUGCAGGAGUACAUCUGGAACAAAGGCACACGCUGUGAUUGGGCGAUCACAGAGUUCCAGGUGAUGUGCGUGCUGGUGGGCGUGGCUUCAGUGGUACUCAUCUAUCUCUUCAUGAUCAUUGUGUGCUUUGCCAAGAAGCUGCACCGCCUCAAGAACGAGAACAAACGCCUUCGCAAACGCAGGUGUGUGACUGGGAGUAAAUACCGCCCACAGAGCAGCGAGCCACAGACAGACGGCCUCUCCGUGUCCACCAUGGCCGACGGCUCGCAGCCAAACGUAAGGAAACUGUGCGACACCCCUCCGCUUGCUCCCCAAGCUCACACUCACAACCUGGCGUACUAUGACAACAUUAUCUGUCAGGAUGACCCUCAGAAGCAGGAAGACCCAGCGAAGUCCGCCCAAGCCAAGGAAGAGGGUUCAAUGAACAUCCUCAACUCUCACUCCCCCAAACACGAGAACAACCGUCCGACCUCUGUCGCCCACGACCCGGGCCACACCCCUAACAACACAGAGGAAAACGCAGAGGAUGGAGUCACAAUUGGCCUGGAGGUGCUCCUCCCCAAAGAGGCCAAGCUCCACUCAGAGACCGGCUCGCCCCUUCAAUAUGACGUCUUCCUCUACAAGGUUCCCAACAGUGAAGACUCCACCUCUCCCAUCCACGCCCCUCCCACACAGAGCGGCAACUCAUACUCCUCCUCUCACCCCAUGCCCAAAUCGCCCAAAACACCCAAGACGCCCAAGAUGCAUAAAUCACCCAAACACAGCAGGGAGCACUCACACAGCAGCCGCGAAGCCUUGUCUGGGAGGCACGCCUCACCCGGACGCCACCCCUCACCCGGCCGCCACCCCUCACCCAGCCGUCAUUCCGCUCCAAGUUCCUUCCAUCCACCCUCCCAUCACUCCCCCUCCCGGUACACAAGCUUCCCCCCCUCCUCCUCCUCCACCCCGCCUGAGUUACGCAGGCCCAGAGGUCGGUCUCAGGUCCUGGGCUCUGAGUGCUCUGGGACAGGGAGAGAGCAGGGUGGACACCUCCAUCCUUCCCCCUCCUCCCCCCACCUCACCCAGCCUUCUCCAUCCCCAUCCAGGGUGAAGUUCAGCCCGGUCAGCACCAGAUCUCUGCCUGUUCUGUCCUGACCUCCACGGAGCCUCCAUACACGCACAAACAUCUGUCAUAGUCUAAUCUAUCCAGCCAUAUGUCCACCAUGACUCUAACUUUUUAUAAUACUAGAUUAACCAUCCAUUUAUCAUCCACCUUGCCUCUGCACAUUCAAAUCCAGAGGAGGAGCACAUCACCUGGUUUUGGAGCCAGAAAACAAGAACUGGGACAACUCAUCACACUCUCUCAAACUGCAGACAUGAUGCACCAGAAUGCACACAUACAAACGGCGAAACACCAGCAGCCAAACAUUCCCACUUUCAUGUGUUUAACAUUGUCUCAAAGCUCAGGUGUCUGCUCACACAAGCACAAUAUGAACCACUACAUGUGAAAAUGCUCUGCUAGCAUGGUGCCAACCUCAGUGACUGCUGAGGAAUUUGUUCAUUAAGGUUUUAUAGAGGUUAACUACUUUAGCCUUAGUAUUAUCAAUGUUUUGUACACGUCUUUUGCUAUUCAGUGUGUAAGAUUGUUUCAUGUUUUCACAGGCUUUUGGUAUGUUUUUCAUGUUUCUAAUCCUUAAUAAAUAGUUACAACAAA